AUGCCCGAAUUCGAUCAAGAACGCAUCCAGCAGCUCAUCCGAGACAGCCCGCCCUGGUACAAAGUCGGUAGUCUCGUGAAGCUGUACCUCCUCCUCAUCGCUCCCCUUCUCACCUCGACCGCAUGGGGCUUCGACCAGAGCCUUACAAAUGGUCUGCAGUCCGUCAACGUCUUUAUGAACAACUUUGGGAAUCCCAGUGGAUCCCGUCUAGGAUUUUUCGGCGCGUCGGCGUCCGUUGGUGGCCUCGUGGCAUGCAUAAUCGGCGGUCCGCUCUCGGAGAAAUAUGGUCGUAAGGUCAUGUGUUCCGGUGGUGCAGCCUUGAUUGUUGCGAUGGCUAUCAUGCAAACGUUCUCUACAAACUUUGAGAUGUUCACUGGUGGCAAACUCCUAAUUGGACUUGGCUCGUUCUUUCAGCAGGUUGCGGCUCCAGUGCUCGUUACCGAGCUUGCGCAUCCAAAACAACGCGUCUUCAUCACUUCACUAUACAACACCAGCAUUUUCAUUGGCUUGAUCAUCGGCGCUUGGGUCACUUUUGCUACCUACCGCAUUGAGAGUCAGUGGUCGUGGAAGCUUCCGGCCCUCCUUCAGAUUGCCCUCCCGUCGUACCAAAUGAUAAUGGUUUGGUUCUGCCCGGAAAGCCCCCGCUGGCUUGUCUCGAAAGGCCGCAUCGAAGAAGCCCGUGCUAUCCUCAUCAAAUACCACGGCAAUGGAAUCGAAGACGACAUUGUGCGCUUCGAGAUGCAGGAAAUCAUCGCAGGCGUGGAGUCCGAUAAAACAGUCAUGAAGUUCAACCUCGAAUCCAUGAAGGCCAUCAUCACCUCGAAAGGCAACCUUCGCCGGUUGUGGCUCUGCAUAGUGACCGCAGUCGGCUCGCAGACGAUUGGAGGCGGCUUCACAGCGAAUUACCUGCCUCUCAUCCUCGACCAGAUUGGCAUGAAGACUGAAAAGCAACAGACCCUGAUUAAUGCGUGCAUCAGUAUCUUCAACUGGGUCGUCUGUCUACUCUCCGCAUUCGUGAUCCCCCGCGUUGGCCGACGCACCAUCUUCCUCGUCUCCGCUGUUGGGGUGAACGUCACCUUCCUCAUCUGGACCAUCUUGACCGAGCGAUAUACCGUGUCCAACGACGUAAACCUGGGCAUCGGCGUCCUCGUCAUGAUCGUCUCGGGUUCUUUCUUCGUCUGCAUCUGCUGGAUCCCCCUUGUCAUCGCCUACCCCCUUGAAACAGUGACGACCAAGCAACGAAGCAUCUUCUUCGCAAUCACCAUGUUUACCAUCAACGUGACGGCCUUCAUAAACAGUUACAUGAGCCCCGUGGGAAUCGAUAAUAUCGGGUGGCGGUAUUAUAUUCCCAGCUGUGUGUGGAAUGCAAUUCUUCUGAUUAUUAUUUACUUCACGUUUGUUGAGACGACGGGACUUACGCUUGAGGAGAUCGCUACGCUCUUCGAUGGCGAUGAAGACUUUCUCAACACUGUUGCUGCUGUUGGGGCGGACUUGGAUGAGAAGGACCCGGGUAUGGCGGCGCACAUUGAGGUUUCGGACAAGAACUAG